CUCCACCCCCCAGGUCCUCUUUCAACUCAAGAGCUCAGUCCCGUGUCUCUCAUGGAGGCGUCUCUAACCAGGAUCUGCCCUGAGAGGUCGGUACAUCCUGUGCUAUUGUCUCAUCUGAGAAAUGAAGCGACACAUCCAAGAGGCUACUCUUUAAAGACAGGCAUUUUACUUGCAGCAAAAUAAUAGGAAGGAGAUUCGCUUGCUUUGCACAGAGGCUGAGCCACAGGAGAAAGCAAAGCCAAUGUGAUUUAUUGAAUGAAAGCACUGGACAAUUACCAACAACUUGUUCCUCUGCUGCCUCGAACAGCAUAAACUGGAAUUGUGGUGUGAAAAUGACGCAACAAAUGCAAAAUUUACAUCUCUGUCAGUCAAAAAAACAUAGCGCUCCCUCAUCUCCCAACGCAGCCAAACGCCUGUACAGGAACCUCUCUGAGAAACUGAAGGGGAGCCACUCUUCCUUCGAUGAGGCCUAUUUUAGGACAAGAACUGAUCGGCUGAGUCUCAGGAAGACCUCGGUGAAUUUCCAGGGCAAUGAAGCCAUGUUUGAGGCAGUCGAACAGCAGGACAUGGAUGCUGUGCAGAUCCUCCUGUAUCAGUACACACCAGAAGAACUCGACCUCAACACACCUAACAGCGAGGGCUUGACACCCCUGGAUAUUGCCAUCAUGACCAACAAUGUGCCCAUUGCAAGGAUUCUUCUGAGGACAGGGGCCCGAGAAAGUCCACACUUUGUCAGCCUGGAAAGCCGAGCAAUGCACCUCAACACACUGGUCCAGGAAGCCCAGGAGAGGGUGAGUGAACUGUCUGCCCAGGUGGAGAAUGAAGGAUUCACUCUGGACAACACAGAGAAAGAGAAACAGCUGAAAGCUUGGGAGUGGAGGUAUCGGCUCUACAGACGCAUGAAAACAGGCUUUGAGCAUGCCAGAGCCCCUGAGAUGCCAACCAAUGUCUGUCUCAUGGUAACCAGCAGCACAUCACUCACUGUCAGCUUCCAAGAGCCUCUUAGCGUCAAUGCAGCUGUAGUAACCAGGUAUAAAGUGGAAUGGAGUAUGUCCAAAGACUUUUCUCCUUUGGCUGGAGAAAUCAUCAUGGAUAAUCUGCAGACUCUGAGAUGCCCAAUCACAGGACUUACAAUGGGCCAACAGUAUUUUGUUCAAGUCUCGGCUUACAAUAUGAAAGGAUGGGGACCUGCUCAGACCACGACACCAGCAUGUGCCUCUCCUUCUAACUGGAAAGACUAUGACGACAGAGAGCCCAGACACAAGGGACAGAGUGAAGUUUUGGAAGGUCUGCUGCAGCAGGUCCGAGCCCUUCAUCAGCAUUACAGUUGCCGGGAAAGCACAAAAUUACAAACCACAGGCCGCAAGCAGUCAGUCUCAAGGAGCCUGAAACACCUGUUCCAUUCCUCGAACAAGUUUGUGAAGACCUUAAAACGGGGACUCUACAUAGCCGUUAUAUUUUAUUACAAAGACAAUAUCUUAGUCACCAAUGAAGAUCAAGUACCAAUUGUUGAAAUAGAUGACUCUCACACCAGUUCUAUUACACAAGAUUUUCUGUGGUUCACGAAGCUGUCUUGUAUGUGGGAAGAUAUAAGGUGGCUGAGGCAAAGCAUACCAAUAUCCUCAUCCUCAUCCACAGUGCUGCAAACUCGGCAGAAGAUGCUCGCAGCAACAGCACAGCUACAGAAUUUACUUGGGACACACAACUUGGGAAGAGUUUACUAUGAGCCCAUUAAAGAUCGACAUGGAAACAUACUCAUAGUCACCAUCAGGGAGGUGGAGAUGCUUUAUUCAUUUUUUAAUGGCAAAUGGAUGCAGAUCUCAAAGCUGCAAAGCCAGAGAAAGUCUCUAUCAACACCUGAGGAGCCAACAGCUUUAGACAUUUUACUGAUAACCAUCCAGGAUAUUCUAUCCUAUCACAAAAGGAGUCAUCAGCGUCUCUCUCCUGGAUUAUAUCUGGGUUACCUAAAGCUCUGUAGCUCUGUGGAUCAAAUCAAAGUUCUUGUUACCCAAAAGUUGCCCAACGUUCUCUGCCACGUGAAGAUCCGUGAAAACAAUAAUAUUUCUAGAGAGGAAUGGGAAUGGAUCCAAAAGCUUUCUGGCUCUGAAUCUAUGGAAAGUGUGGAUCAUACUUCUGACUGCCCCAUGCAAUUGUUCUUCUACGAGCUCCAGAUGGCAGUGAAAGCUCUCCUUCAGCAGAUCAAUAUACCUCUACACCAGGCAAGGAACUUCCGCCUCUACACACAGGAGGUGUUGGAAAUGGGUCACAAUGUGUCCUUUCUUCUCCUGCUCCCUGCCUCAGACGACGUCUGUACAGCCCCAGGACAGAAUAAUCCUUACACCCCACACUCAGGGUUUCUUAACCUCCCUCUUCAGAUGUUUGAACUUGUUCAUUUUUGCAGCUACAGAGAGAAAUUUAUUAGUCUGUAUUGCCGCCUUUCUGCUGUUGUGGAGCUGGAUUCUCUGAACACCCAACAGUCCCUCAGGGAAGCGAUCUCAGACAGCGAGGUUGCAGCUGCCAAACAAAGACACCAGCAAGUUUUAGAUUUCAUUCAGCAAAUAGAUGAAGUCUGGCGUGAAAUGAGAUGGAUCAUGGAUGCUCUACAGUAUGCAAGAUACAAACAACCAGUUUCUGGCUUGCCCAUCACUAAGCUGAUAGACCCCUCAGAUGAGCAGAGCCUGAAGAAGAUCAAUUCUACAUCAUCAUCACAUAUAGACUGUCUUCCAUCCCCACCCCCAUCCCCAGAGAUGCACAGAAGAAAGACAGUGAGUGAUUCACAGCCCUGCUCUGAUGAAGAAGCCUGCUCAGAAGUCUUCCUCCCCACCGACAGUGACUACGACUCCAGCGAUGCCCUGAGCCCCAGAGACCUGGACCUGGUCUACCUAUCAUCUCACGACAUUGCGCAGCAGACCCUUAGCGGCCUAAGCGGCAGCGCCCCCGACGUCCUGCAAGUGCACGAAGUGAAAACCCCACUGGGGACGGGCCAGGAUCCCCACGGCGAGGGCCCAAAUCCCGAUCGCUCAUGUGCCGAGUUUCUCCAUAGCCUGACCCUCACGGGGUUCACACCCAAGAACCACGCCAAGACUGUGUCCGGUGGGCGGCCGCCGCUAGGCUUCCUGGGAAAGCGGAAGCCAGGCAAGCACCCCCACUAUGGCGGCUUCAGCCGCCAUCAUCGCUGGUUGCGCAUCCACAGCGAGACCCAGUCGCUAUCGCUCUCUGAGGGCAUUUAUACACAGCACCUGUCCCAGGCCUGUGGUCUGGCCCAGGAGCCCAAGGAGGCCAAGCGGGCCGGCCCUGCCCUUGAUGAUCCCAGGAGCCUAACUCUGGCCCACGCUGCCAGCCUUCCUGAGGAGCGGAACAGCAGUCUCCAGGACGCGAGGCCUUCGGUCCGCCGCCUCUAUGUGGAGCCCUACGCAGCCGCCGUGGUGGCCCAGGACGAAAAACCAUGGGCAAGCUUGAGCCCGCCCUCUGGAGGCCGCAUCACCCUGCCCAGCCCCACUGGCCCCGAUGUGAGUCAGGAGGGCCCCACCGCCUCUCCCGUGUCAGAAAUACUCAGCAGCAUGCUUUAGGGAGGCCCAUCCCGGCUGUCCACCCCUCCAUCGCUGCUACCUGCGUUUUACAUCACCCUUACCCCCAUCCUGCCCCACUGUGUACCCACUCAUUUUCAAGCGUUUUGAAUGUUAUAAAUACAAAGGUUACAAGUUCAAGGUCCUCUUUCUUUGGAACAGAGUGGUGGGUGGAGGCCAGAGUUGCCAGUGCCAUUCCCACUUCAGCCUAGAAAGGGCAUGGGGGAAUUGUGUCAACAUGGAAUACGACAUACAGUGACUGAAACAUGCCACCCUGUUGGUGGCACCUAUGACUGAAGCUGGCCAUCCCAAAGAGAGACCCUCUGUUCUGCAGCUGGUUCUGUAAUCUGACCCCUAGUUUCGGGCUCUUUCAUGAAUUUGUGAUUGAUGAAGAGAAGUUCUAUAAAUGAAAAUAA